AUGCAAAUUCGACGACUGAGUGUGCCUGAUAGUUGUAUGCCUCGUAUUGUCGUACUCGAGAAAUCUCUGACCUUUUCGCUAGGCGCCGUCGGUCUGAAAUUUGUGGGCACUGGUUCGAUGGUGAUUAUCAUCAUUACUCAAAUGAUAAUGCAGCUGCGAAUCAAGGCGUUGUAUGGGAGAACGAUAUCGAACCUCAUCACGAUCGUCUGGGUUCUGGAAGUGACGGCGGUAAUCUCACUGGGAAUCGCGUCACUGGCAGCCAUUGACGACACGACGACGAUGUGCAACCCGACGUACCUUCCACGAUUCGCGUUUCUGUUCUGGGUACCUGUGAUUGUAUUUGAGACGUUUUUAUUCUCGCUUGCUCUGCGCAUUGCGUACCAGAAUUACAAAGAGAUAGGGACGUGGCGAGGGGCGUCGCUGCUUUACAUUGUGCUGCGGGACAAUUUCAGCUUUUUCGCCUGUGCGUUUGGGCUGUACAUUAUCACUGCUACGACAUGGCUGGCGGCGGACCCGCGGUACUUUACUGUGCCUGGAUCGUUUUCAUGUGCACUGACUACGGUGAUGGGUGCACGGUUGAUCCUGAAUUUAUGUGAGGCGUACUAUCACCCGCCAGAUAUGCAUGGGAAUGGGACGGGGCCAGGGUCAAUCUGGGCAGCUGUGGCGACGACAGGGAAUAUCGAGUUUGUGAACUUGAGAAGAGGCAGAGCUGAAUAG